AUGUCAGAGGGACCUGAGUUUGCCAAUGACGAGCAGCUAGAUGCGAUCGCAUCCUUCAAAGAACUGCUAGAGGACAAAGCAACGGGCUCUCUACUGCGACGACUAGGGUGGUAUGAUGCAAGUAGCGUCUCCAAGGACCAGAUGAAGUAUCUGAUGAAGCUCUUGUCAGCCAUCUUCUUCCGCGACUAUCAGAUGGAGCUUGAAUUCGAAUGGAAAAGCUGCAACGACGAUUAUUUUGGCCGUUACACAUGCGAUGUGCACCCCAAAAUUGAAAUGUCGACUUUCAACUACAUGGAUGCUUCGCCCCACGGAAACCUAUCUGCCCGACCCAUGUCACGCCUAAGCACCCUUCUUCACGAGCUGGUACACGCAUAUCUGGGUAUCUACGCUUGGGACACGGACUAG